AAAUAAAAACACUGUUCAAAUUAAUUCGGUUGCUCUCGUAAAUCCCCUCACCUCCCCACUCUUACAUUUGCAACUGCUUAUCUGUGAUGUUGAGAUCCAUUGCUGCUAAGCGAGCUGUUGCUCCAUUGGCUCGUAACUUGCGCGCGAUUCCCACCAUUUCUCGUUCCUACGCCACCGAUGCCGAUCCCAACGCCAAUCCCAUUACGGGCAAGACCACUUUUGGUGGUUUGGCUGAUGAUGACCGCAUUUUCACCAACGUUUACUCAAAGCACGAUUUCCGUUUGAAGGGUGCAUUGAAGCGUGGUGAUUGGUACAAGACCAAGGAAAUUCUUCUCAAGGGCCACGAAUGGAUCUUGAAAGAAAUGAAGGAGUCCGGCCUUCGUGGUCGUGGUGGUGCUGGUUUCCCCACCGGUUUGAAAUGGAGUUUCAUGAACAAGCCCUUGGAUGGACGUCCUCGAUAUCUCGUCAUUAACGCUGAUGAAGGUGAACCUGGUACCUGUAAGGAUCGUGAAAUUCUGCGCGGUGAUCCCCACAAGUUGGUUGAAGGCUGCUUGUUGGCCGGUUCUGCCAUGAAGGCCAACGCUGCCUACAUUUAUAUCCGUGGCGAGUUCUAUCAGGAAGCUUGUCAUCUCCAGGAAGCCAUCAACGAGGCUUAUGCUGCUGGUUUGAUCGGCAAGAAUGCUUGCGGUACUGGCUAUGAUUUUGAUGUCUAUAUUCACCGUGGUGCCGGUGCUUACAUUUGCGGUGAGGAAACCAGUUUGAUCGAAUCCAUUGAAGGCAAACAAGGCAAGCCCAGAUUGAAGCCUCCGUUCCCUGCUGAUGUCGGUCUUUUCGGUUGCCCCACUACUGUUACAAACGUCGAAACCGUUGCUGUCGCUCCCACUAUUCUUAGACGUGGUGGUUCGUGGUUUGCCGGUUUCGGUCGUCCUCGUAACAGCGGUACCAAGUUGUUCUGUAUCUCUGGCCAUGUGAACAACCCUUGUACAGUUGAAGAGGAAAUGUCAAUUCCUUUGAGAGAACUUAUUGAGAAGCACUGCGGUGGUGUUCGUGGUGGAUGGGAUAACUUGCUCGGUAUUGUGCCCGGUGGUUCAUCCGUUCCUGUGAUGCCCAAGAGCGUGUGUGACGACGUAUUGAUGGAUUUCGACGCUCUUCGUGAUGCCAACUCCGGUUUGGGUACAGCUGCUGUCAUUGUCAUGGAUAAGAGUACCGAUAUCGUUCGCGCUAUUUCUCGUUUCUCCAAGUUUUACCGCCACGAAUCUUGCGGUCAAUGUACUCCUUGCAGAGAAGGUACCAAGUGGCUCGAGUCGAUGAUGGAUCGUUUCGAAGACGGUCGUGGUCAUACCGAAGAAAUUGAUCAAAUCUGGGAAUUGACCAAGCAAAUUGAAGGUCAUACCAUUUGUGCUUUGGGUGAUGCUGCUGCAUGGCCCGUUCAAGGUUUGAUUCGUCACUUCCGACCAGAACUUGAAGCUCGCAUGGCAAAUUUCCAAAAGUCCAUUGAAGCUGCUCAAGCAUCCGCCACUGCCUAAAUAAAAAAGAAUCCGUUUUAAUUUACAGAGACAGAUAUUUUUGUAGACUUUUUUUUUUCUUAUUCUUUCUUUCUUUUAACAUUUGCUCUUUCACAAAAAAAAAGAAUAAACCCACCUUUUUUUUCAUUACCAAAA